AGAAGAAGAGAAGAAUAGGCCGAAGCAUCUAGAGCCAAACAGCUUCAGACCAGCUCCACAGACAGACAGCAGAAGAAGAAGAAGAGCCCGAGGCAUCCACAGCUUCAGAACCACACACUAGUUUUAUUUUUUGAAAGUUUUGAGACAGGUGCGAGCUAACGAGGAUGUCAGUGUGUACCGUCCUGCAGAAACGCGAUGGAGCCGUGGUGGGAGCGGAGCUGACCUGUAGCGUCCGGGAGGAGAACAAGGCUUUAAAGGAGAGCUACAGCGCCGACUGGCAGAGCAUCUACUUCAAAACACAGCCACAGGACAGACAAACCAUGAACAUGAACGACACCUGCCGCAGAGAAACGCUGUCCAGACAGUGGCAGGCGCGCACCCUGCUCCAGGCGUGCCCGUCCGGCGUGAUCCGAGUGGGCACCGUGGAAACCGGGGUCAGAGAGCACCAACUUCUGCCCAAAAGAACCACGCUCCCCCUCCCCAUCUUCACCCCAUGCGAGCUGGGCAUCCGCUUCGGCCGCGGCGCUGCCCACACCGAGGAGGACCUGCAGCCGUUCCCCGCCCCCAACGGCGUCUGCCCCACCAAGAGGUCAGUGGACGACAUCACCAAAGACCUGCCUCCGGUCAAACCCAACAUCGUGGAGUUCAUUAAGGUCCCGAAGGCUCUGGGUCGAUCGCUGUCCCAGGAAGCGCAAAGAGGUUAAGCGAAGAAGCGUUCAGAUUGUAGAAUGUGCUGAGGUCAUACUGCCAGAAGGGGGCGACAGAUUUAAUAUAACGGCCUUUAGAAUGUUGUGACGUCAUCUGAAACCCAGGAAGUGUUGGUAAAUGGACUGGUUUUGAGCGCUAACAAAUAAACAUGCUAAGGUGUACAGUGAUCGGUACGGUAUGUCGAUGUAAAUAUUCAAACUGCUUGGAAUAUGGUGGCAGAAAUUAUGGCGUUUUUGUUAAAUUAAAACCUCGCCGCGUAACUUUUCUUUCGGUUGAUCUGCCAGCUGCUUGGCUCCAAUCAGGAAAGUUACACAGUGAAGUUUUAAUAUCUUUCGUUAAACGUUUUUAUCAGUGUUAUGUAACUUGAAAUAAAGCCCAAAAACCCCACUCGUGCUGCGUAUCCUGACCGAGCACAUUAUCCCGCCUGUUGUACCCUUUGGCAAGACACUAAAUCUAACUUAAGCCUGUUAUUUUGUACAGUGAAGGAUUAUUUUGAAUGUUUGGCUUGUAAAUAAUGGAAAAGUCUGACACAGGUGUUUAAAUGGACAUGAGUGAGUUUGUACUGGAAAGACUGUGAGUGGAAACAGAUACAGAGGGAGAGGAGGAGAGGAGGGAGGGGUGAUGACAGCUGGGAACAGCGACAUGCUUCUACCCCCCCGACCCCCUCUCCUUGUCCCGGUGUGAUCUCUGAGAGGACACUGUGCUCCGCGUGCUCCACUGACGUUGCCAAGUAUGUGAAAGAUAAACCUGUAAGAAUGGAAGAGAUGUUCUACACGUUUCACCUUUGCACAUUUGUUCUGAAAUAGAUUGUAAAUGUUUUUCUUGUGAUGAUUCAUGUUAUAUUUUGAUAGUUCUAUAUUUAUUUAUUUCAAUAAAAUAAUUUUAAAAU